CGCUCUUAUCAAACACACAAGAGGAGGCUAUGGUGGUUGUAGCAAAAUUUCACAGUUGCAGUUGCACAAUUCACGCCAAUUCAGUAUGUCUAGCUGAAUAACUUACAAACGAUAUAAAAAACAAAACAAACAAAAAAAUAAAAAUAUAUAAAUAAAAAACGAAAAAGAUUGAAUUAUGGCAUCGACAUUUUAUAAAGUUGGCGUUACAACGCUAAGUGCUGCAAUUGGUUCUGUAUUGGCAACAUGGAGCUUAGAUCGUAUGAAUUCUACACACACGGUCAGCGCUGAAAUGAAGAGACCACCAAAGCGUAAGCGUACUUUGGUUUCACGUGCUGAGCAAAUGAAGGCUUUACAAAGUGGCGAGGAGUAUGAUGUACUUAUUAUUGGCGGUGGUGCUACAGGUGCUGGUUGUGCUUUGGAUUCAGUAACGAGAGGUUUAAAAACAGCCAUGGUUGAACUGGAUGAUUUUGCCAGCGGUACAUCGUCUAGAUCGACUAAAUUGAUUCACGGUGGUGUACGCUAUUUACAAAAGGCUAUAUUAGGCUUAGAUUAUGAACAAUAUCGUAUGGUUAAGGAAGCCUUACAAGAAAGGGCCUCAAUGCUAGAGGCAGCUCCUCAUUUAGCUCAUCCAUUGCCUAUUAUGCUGCCCGUUUAUCAAUGGUGGCAAGUACCGUACUACUGGGUAGGCAUUAAAUGUUACGAUUUAGUAGCUGGUGAUCGUAAUGUCAAGAGUUCAUAUUUGCUGUCGAAAGCAGAAGCUUUGGAACUAUUUCCAAUGUUGAAAAAAGACAAACUUUGUGGUGCCCUCGUUUAUUAUGAUGGUCAACAAGAUGAUGCUCGUAUGUGUUUGGCUGUAGCUUUGACUGCGGCUCGCCAUGGUGCCACGGUUUGUAACCAUGUUGAAGUAUUGCAACUGUUAAAGAAAGACGAUGGUAGCGGCAAGCAAGUCUUGUGCGGUGCUAAAGUAAAGGAUCAUAUUUCCGGCAAGGAAUUUACCGUCAAGGCGAAAUGUAUUAUUAAUGCCACCGGUCCUUUCACGGACUCUAUACGCAAAAUGGAUGAUCCCACCGUCAAGACCAUUUGUUGCCCCAGUUCGGGUGUACACAUUGUACUGCCAGGUUAUUACAGUCCCGACCAGAUGGGUCUCUUGGAUCCCUCGACCUCGGAUGGUCGUGUUAUUUUCUUCUUGCCCUGGCAAAGGCAGACAAUUGCUGGCACCACAGAUUUGCCAUGCGAAAUAACACACAACCCUAAGCCCACUGAAGACGAAAUUCAAUUCAUUUUGAAUGAAAUCAAAAACUACCUCAAUGCUGAUGUUGAGGUAAGACGUGGAGACGUUCUAUCGGCCUGGAGUGGUAUACGUCCGCUCGUCUCCGAUCCAAACAAGGAAGAUACACAAUCAUUGGCUCGUAAUCACAUUGUUCACGUUAGUCCUUCCAAUUUAAUAACAAUCGCUGGCGGAAAGUGGACAACAUACAGGGCUAUGGCCGAGCAUACUCUUGAUGCCGCUAUCAAAGCUUGUAAUUUGAAACCGGAGCGUAACGAAGCGGUAACAUCGUUGCUGAAGAUUGAGGGUGGUCAAGGCUGGACACCUACCAUGUAUAUACGUUUGGUACAAGAUUUUGGUUUGGAAUGCGAAGUCGCCCAACACUUGGCCAAAUCAUAUGGUGAUCGUGCUUUUGCCGUUGCCAAAAUGGCUUCCUUAACUGGCAAACGUUGGCCGAUAAUCGGCAAUCGCAUUCAUCCAGAAUUUCCUUACAUUGAUGCCGAAAUUCGCUAUGGCGUUAGAGAAUAUGCCUGCAAUGCUGUCGAUAUGAUUGCACGUCGUUUACGUUUGGCUUUCCUCAAUGUACAAGCUGCCCAGGAAGCUUUGCCCGUUAUUAUCGAUAUUAUGGGUGAGGAAUUGAAAUGGUCCAAAGAUGAAAAAGAGAAACAACUAAAAUCAGCAAACGAGUUCUUAGCUAAUGAAAUGGGUCACAUGGUUAAUCGUGCUUCUAAGGAGAGAAUUCCCAUUAAAUUGUCAAAGGAUGAAAUCCAAACAUACAUCAAACGUUUCCAACUUAUUGACAAAGACAAGAAGGGUUAUGUUUCCAUUAAUGACAUACGCAGAGCCCUUAAGAGCUUUGGUGAUGGUGAUAUUUCCGGAGAACAAUUGCAUGAAAUCUUAAAGGAAAUCGAUACAAACAUGAACGGUCAAGUUGAACUUGAUGAAUAUUUACAGAUGAUGUCUGCCAUUAAGACUGGCGAUGUUGCCUAUUCCCGUUUCGCUCGUAUGGCUGAAUUGGAAGAACAAAAGCACGAAGCUGCUCAACUUAAACAAAAAAUUAGUGUAGAUCGCUCUGGUGGUGGUUUAUAAAUAUUUCAAAUUUCUUCUCAUUUUCCAAAUCUUUUCAUCAUUUGUAGUUAGAUCAAACAACUUAACAUUUACUUAAAUGAUAUCAACAAUUUUUUUUAUUUUAUAUUUUACCUCCCAUUAUAGUUUAAUUCUUCCAAAUAACCAUAUUUUUUUAAUCAUUAUGCUGUUACAGUUAACCCUUUCUAAAUUUAUUUAAAGAACAAACAAUUACUGAAACAAAAAUCAAACGAACAUAUUAAGUCACACUUUUAAGAUUAUUAAGAACAAGACAGACACUUAUAACGAAAUAAUUUAUUAAUAAAAAAUUUAAAAUAAACGGUAUAAAUUAUUAAAAA